AUGAGCCCGACGCACAAAGCAAAGAUAGAAAUCAACUAUCUUCAUCGAGUCAUUCAGGCGGACCAGGCUUACCUUGCUUCGAAUGGGGGAGGUCCCGGAGUCAUCGUCAAUACAGGUCCCCAAGGUCCCCAAGGCCCCCCAGGCCCCCCAGGCCCCAAAGGACGCAGAGGCCGCAGAGGACGCCCAGGCAAAGGCCCCGAGAGCCCCACAGGUCUUGGGGGCGGAACCGAUGAAAACCCUGGAGACGAUGGAGACGAUGGGGGCAAUGGAGGCAACGACGAGGGCAACGACGAGGGCAACGACGAGGGCAACGACGGGGACAACGACGGGGGCAACGACGGGGGCAACGGAGGCAACGAUGGAGGUAAUGGAGGCAACGACGGGGGUGACGACGGGGGUGACGACGGGGGCAACGAUGGAGGCAAUGAUGGAGGCAAUGACGAGGGAUCCGGAGACGAAAGAGACGAUAGAAGCAACGGAGGCAACGGAGGCAGUGGUGGAGGCAGCAAAGCCAACGCCAAGGCCACACCCAAAGCCAAAGGCAGCACCACAGCCAAAAGAGUCACCAGAAGCGGCACCAGAAACGACAACAGAAACGACACCAGAAACGACCCCCAGGGGCCCAACAAACGGCGGAGGCUUGUUGGACACUUCAGCAGCGAGAGCGACGUCAAUUUUCUUCCUAGGCUGUCAAAAGGCAACCCACCAAAAUCGGCAAAUGUCUUGAGAGGCAGCUCCGUGCCAACGAUGGAUACGCAGGAUUUGGACCAGAUAAUUCAGAACGCGCUGUUGUCUGACCAACCGGAUUUCAGCAUGUUUGACGGCGGUCAGUCCGUACCCACCACCAUGAUGAGAAAACUAUGA